AUGCUUUCAUUCACUGCUGUCAAGCGUGCCAUUCAACUCCCUGCAAUUUCUACCAAGACUGCUAGCAUGCUUGCUACAUCAAUGCCUUAUCCCAUUCGAUCUGGCAUUUCUUGUGCCGCUACUCAUGCCGUGUUUAGCUCAUCUAGCAAGUCAAAUCAUACAUUUGCUAGAGUCCAGAAACCUGCUCCUGCUUGGUCUGCCACUGCUGUUGUUGGCAAGGAAUUUAAAAAAUUGUCUUCAGAAGACUUUCUUGGCAAAUGGCUUGUCUUGUUCUUUUACCCUUUGGACUUCACUUUUGUUUGUCCUACUGAAAUCAUCAGUUACAGUAAGGCUGCUGAAGAGUUUCGUAAGCUGAAUACUGAGGUGGUUGGCGUGUCGGUCGACUCUGUGUACUCUCAUUUGGCUUGGAUUGAGCAGCCUCGCAAACUUGGAGGACUUGGCGAUCUCGAUAUUCCACUCGUUGGCGACAUCACCAAAAACAUAUCCCACAAUUAUGGUGUGUUGGCUGACAGUGGUGCCGAUAUUGGAUUAUCCCUUCGUGGUACAUUUAUUAUUGAUCCCAAGGGCACUGUGCGUCAGAUCACCAUCAACGACACUGGUGUUGGCCGCAACAUUGAUGAAACAUUACGUUUGGUUGAAGCCUUGCAGUUUGUUGACGAACACGGCGAGGUCUGCCCUGCUGGAUGGAAAAAGGGUGAAAAAACAAUGAUUCCUAACCCCACCAAAUCCAAAGAUUAUUUUAAAUCUGUAGCCGAAUAAACUCGAGUUCUUGAAUGCCAACAA